AUGUCGGGCAAGAAUUUGACAUACAAGAAAACGUCGAUAACAGCUAUUUUGCAAGAAGAUCCACCUUUUAUACAGAAAAUUAAGGAGAAAUUGGGCUACAAGCCACCACCAACAAUCGAAAAUAAAUUUACAACGACUGCGGGUGAAGGAUAUAUUGAAAAUGAUCUCGACGACGAUGACUUGUCACAAAUGAAUCAAGAAGACAGACCUCAGAUCGUUAUUUUGGAUGCUCAGAGAGAUCUGAACGAGAAGGAACUAGAAGCUGAAUUAGAGAAAAGACGCACUGAAGAAGAUCAGCGGAAAAUUGAAGAAGGGAAAAUAAUUUUCAAAAAGCCAAUGAAACGGAAAGAUCAACACUCUGAGGAAGAAACAACUGAGAAACGAAGGUGUAAAGAAAUGAAGGAAAUAGACAUUUCGAAUUCAAGAUUGUUAUCGUUUAACGAAGAGGAAGAAGAUAGUGACUAA